AUGCUGAUAUUAUUGCUAUUGUUAUCUACAACAAAAACUGAAGGCACAACAGGAACGGGAGAAGACACAAAAAUUACAGUAUCACCUGGGGCAUUUUUCAAUGAAAUUAAAGAAACCAUAAUGUACGACAAAAGUAUACCACUCAUAUACACACAAGACACGGUAAAUGAUAAUAUAAAAAAUUUCGGAGACACUUGGGAAAUAGAAAAAUACUGCAAAAAUAAAAAUAAACGUGAUAACUAUUGUAGUAUCGUACUACAAUCAAUUACGCUACUAAAAAAUAUAAACAAAAACAUAAAUGAUAACGACAUCGAUACAAUGGAAUUCCUAAAGAGCGCUAACGCCUUCAAUACUAAAAAUAGGUCAAAAAGAGGAAUACAAUUCAUAGGAGAUUUCUACAACUUCUGUUGCAAUGUAGCAACGGAUAAACAAAUUAAAAAUUUUUAUAAUAAUGAAGAAAAAUUAGCUGAACAGGCAGAAAAACUUAAAGAUAUCUUUGUCUCUGACCACAAGGACCUUUCACAGAUAACCUCGCAGUUAAAUAAUUACACAAUGACCACAGGAAAUAGAAUAGAAUUAUUAAAAAACAAUUUUAAAAACUUUGUCAAAGAAGAAAAGGACAACAUGAUGUUAGAAAAAAUUAACUAUAAUAAUCUAAUACAAGGCACGCAAGAAAUAAUGUUCAAUAUUGCUACCAGCUUGGAAAGAUUUAUUAAUUAUGAAAGAGACUCCAGUACACAGCUACACUGCAAAUUAGGCAAAAUACCUCCACGAGUGAUCAAUACCGAAGUUUUAUUUUACGACCUGAACAAACUUUCAAAACUACUAAUGGAAGACGGAUACGAAUUAGUAAUCAAAUUAGAAAAUAUUUUUUCAUAUUAUAAUUUACCAAUUGUUGAAUGCCAAUUUUCAAAAUCAAAAAUCUUAAUUAAAUUAAAAAUACCAAUUAAAGAAAAAUCGACAAAUUGGAAACUAUUUCAAUAA